AUGUCGCUUCUACGGAUGGGCCUCAAAACUCGUCCCUUUCCCGCCCUCUCUCCCCUUUUCCCGCCCUCUCUCCCCCCUCUCCCUUCCCCUCCCCACAUCCGUGUAAUUCUUUCUUGCGCAUUCCCUCCCCUCCUCGACCUCCCCGUCCGCCAGGCUGCUGAGCGCAGGGUUGAGGGCGGAGCUCUCCCCCCAUGGGCGCAGGAUAAUGCUGCAUGCGGAAAUGUCCCCCAACCGCCCUGGGUGCGAGGGUCAGAUUCAUCGAACCUGGCCUCCACUCGAGUGGCCCAGAGAGACAUCUGGGCGCACCAGUUCCCCCCACCCUCCCCGCUGCCUCCUCACGCUACUGCUCCUGCUUCGGCUGGGCAGCUGCAGGGCAUGAGUGUGGCGCUACGUGUGGCCUUCACGAGUGGUCGAGUGCUCGUGCCCAUGCCAGGCACCUUCCAGCCAGCCCGCCACCCGCACUGCCAAGGUGAGGUGACUUCUGAGUCGACUCAAAAGGCGCUGUGGCCGUCACCAGUGGCCGUGUGCUCGUGCUUGUGCCAGGAACCUUCCAGCCAGCCCACCACCCGCACUGCCAAGGUGCCUCUCCCCGCACACUCCCCUUCCCUCCCGUCCUUUGCUUCUCUUGGGCAAGGGCUCUUCAGGUCCGUCUGGCCUUGUAUACGUGUGGUCUGUGUCGCCCCCAUCCCGCACUGCAUCGACCAUGCAGUGCUGCAAAGCCCGCUUCCCCUUCCCUGCCUUGCAAAGCAGCAGCAGCGCUACUCCAUAUGCUUCGAUACACAGCUGCCCGUUUCCCUCCUGUGUCUCCUUAUCUCACUCCUCUCUCUCCUCCCUCUGCCCAGCACCACAUGCAUCCCGCUCAAUGCAUCUGGGUCGCUCCACUGCUACUUCUUCCGCCCAGUUUCCCACGCGUGCGAGGCAUCAGCCAUGCAGCAUUACACCACUAGCACUGCCGGCGCCCCUCCCUGCAAGCCCCUCGCGCACCUCACAGCGCAGCAGCUGGGGUCAAACGAGACUCUCAUCUGUGCCGUGGCAAGCAGUGAUGCCUCGUACCCUGCCUCAGCAAAUGCUUCCAGUGAGAGAGCAUGGAGCGAAGCGUUCAUGCGGCGGCCUUUCCUGGUGGAGCGUCAAGGGGCACUUCUCAACAUCUCACACACACAACUGCAGGCGCACUGGUGGCACUCCCAGGCUCUGCGCUUCCUCCUGCGCUGGCCCUCCCCCUCCUUCUGCCGCACCCUCAGCCACCACCGCAGCUCUGCUCCUUCCUCUCCCCCCCUUCCCUCGCCCCCCUCUCUCCGUCAGGCGCACUGGUGGACAGCCCAGGCUCUCCGCUUCCUCCUGCGCUGGCCCUCCCCCUCCCUAUGCCACACCCUCAACCGCCACCGCAGCUCUGCCCUCGGCCCGCACAUCGCCUCCCUCUCCUCCUCCCUCUGCAGCCCCACCCACACCCAUGUCUCACGCACACCCUCUCCCCACCUGACACCUUCCUUUAGCCGACUGGUGGCCCCCAAGCUCUGUGUUUCUUCCUCCAUUUUUUGCUCCGUCUUUCUGUGUCCUCUUCAGGCGCACUGGUGGACAGCCCAGGCUCUCCGCUUCCUCCUGCGCUGGCCCUCCCCCUCCCUCUGCCACGCCCUCAACCGCCACCGCAGCUCUGCUCUCGGCCCGCACAUCGCCUCCCUCUCCUCCGCCUUUCUCACAGAGCAGCACGCCAUCGUGACCUCCCUCUUAAAGCCCAAGUCCGAGGCGGACCAAGGCCUAGGCCUCGACCUUCGCAGCGAGGCAGCCACAACAUUUUCACCAAACCACCUCUCUCGCUUCGCCGACUGGACCUUCCUCUAUCCCAAGCCGCCCUCCGACCCCUCUUCCUCUCCGGCACACUACGAUUCCGUGGGUGCGGCUUUUGGCGACCUGCUUGUUGCGUCGGAGAGUGAUUUUUUUGUUGGGGAUGUUGGUAGCAGGUGGAGUAGGCUGAUCUACGGGCUCAAGUGCACUAAUGGCCGCCUUUACGCUGGUUUUUUGUCUGUCUAG